AUGUGUUUAUCGCUUGGUGUGCUGUGUUUAUCGCUUGGUGUGAUGUGUUUAUCGCUUGGUGUGAUGUGUUUAUCGCUUGGUGUGAUGUGUUUAUCGCUUGGUGUGAUGUGUUUAUCGCUUGGUUUGAUGUGUUUAUCGCUUGGUGUGAUGUGUUUAUCGCUUGGUGUGAUGUGUUUAUCGCUUGGUGUGAUGUGUUUAUCGCUUGGUGUGAUGUGUUUGUCGCUUGGUGUGAUGUGUUUAUCGCUUGGUGUGAUGUGUUUAUCGCUUGGUGUGAUGUGUUUAUCGCUUGGGAUGAUGUGUUUAUCGCUUGGGGUGAUGUGUUUAUCGCUUGGUGUGAUGUGUUUAUCGCUUGGGGUGAUGUGUUUAUCGCUUGGGGUGAUGUGUUUAUCGCUUUGUGUGAUGUGUUUAUCGCUUGGUGUGAUGUGUUUAUCGCUUGGUGUGAUGUGUUUAUCGCUUGGUGUGAUGUGUUUAUCGCUUGGUGUGAUGUGUUUAUCGCUUGGUGUGAUGUGUUUAUCACUUGGUGUGAUGUGUUUAUCGCUUGGUGUGAUGUGUUUAUCGCUUGGUGUGAUGCCCUGGUGGGGUAAAACAUCAGUCAGACAACAUCAUUCAUCAAUAAGAAUCGACACCAGGGCUAUUCAACAACAUUUAGUCAAGUAA